UUCCGCGUUGUCCAUUUGCUAUUUGCCACCCCUAAAUCACCAGCAAAAAAAAAGCCUUGCGACGGCCGCCUCCCGAGCGAUUUGCCGUUUCCCAUUCUCGAGACACCCAUACUCUUUAGGAAAACAAGCAGAACCUGAGCCAGCAAUGGCGCCUACAGCACCAAAAUCGUCAAAAACGCUGCGCUCAUCAGCAGCCAGGCCAUUCUCGACGACGAAAUCACCCUUGUCCAAGAAGAAGCCUGCACCAAAUGCAAGCAUAUUGAGCUUCUUCAAGAAAGUGCCUGCGCCUGAGGAAACCCUAUUCAUCGGCGACGCCCAAUCGCUACCUACUACAGACGAGACUGAGGGGAGCACCAGCGGUGGUGGCGACAGCUCACGCUACAAUGAAUUCGACGAGCCAGUCAAGCGGAGGAAGCUGAGCAGUCGAGACGGCCCUAAUCCCACAGAGCACCCCGCCCAGCCCGAAACCAAGAGCGCGGCCGAAGCCCCCAAGGCCCCCACAGCUCAGAAGCCUCGCAAGAAAGGCCCGUUCCUUGACGAUUCAGAUGUAGAGGACGAGGACGACCAGCAUGGCCCAGACGAAAAAGCGCCGCCGUUGGAGAAGCCGCCAGCUGCGCCAGCCUCGCGGGACACCAGUAUCAGAAAGAGUCUGUCGCCCGAUCCUCCCUCGCCAAAUCACGACCAAGGCCCAAAUCUAAUACAGGAAGAGCAGGGAUCGAAUGAGCCUGGGACUGUCCCCGAUACAGAUGUUAUUUACAACAAUGAUGAGGAUGACUACGACGACGACUUGGGAGAGGAGGACCGGGAAAGGAGGUUUAUGGAAGAGCAGGCCAGGAUCGAAGCGGCAGAAGCGGGCGUGUUAGACAGUACAGAUUCCCCUCCUGACCCCGCGAUGGGGCUAGAGGAGUCCGGAGCAGCCGAAAACUGCUGCCCCAUUUGCGACGCCAGUUUGGCUGGUGUAACGGCGGACCAGGCGACAGUUCACGUCAAUAACUGCCUCGAUGGAAACCCCACGCCAUUACCUCGCCCUCCCAGCGCGCCCGACAAGGCGGCCUCUCCGCCCGGAGACAGUGGAGACGGCAUCGAUGCGUCCCGAGUGAGUAAGCGGUUCGCCCGUGCAGCCGUCGCCAGGCCUGGCCAGGCGAACCCCAUCAGCCUGGGAGGGGCCAGCCCCGUGUCAUGCACCAAAGUCUCGGCAUUCUCGAAGCUCAUGUCGAGUCGUGCCGAAGAUACGGCCUGGGCGACUGCGGCGGCUUCCGAGCACGCGUCGCGAGGGAAGCAAGCCUACGAACGGACAUGUCCGUUUUACAAGAUCAUGCCCGGCCUCUCCAUCUGCGUGGACGCGUUCCGGUACGGCGCAGUGGAGGGCUGCAAGGCCUAUUUUUUGAGCCAUUUCCAUAGCGACCAUUAUAUCGGCCUGACUGCCAAGUGGGCUCACGGACCCAUCUACUGCAGUAAGGUCACCGGCAGCCUGAUAAAGUCGCAGCUGCGCACUGCGGCCCAGUACGUGGUCGAGUUGGAUUUCGAAGAGCGCUUCGUCGUGCCGGACACCAACGGCGUGGCAGUAACCAUGAUUCCCGCAAACCACUGUCCAGGAAGCUCGCUCUUCUUGUUCGAGAAGACAACCCCCGGCCGCCCUGGGGACAGACCAAGGAUCCAGCGGAUCCUGCACUGCGGUGACUUCCGAGCAUGCCCGGCCCACUCGGACCAUGCCCUGCUCCGGCCCAGGAUCACCGACGCCGUGUCCGGCAAGAUCAGGACGCAGAAGAUCGACGUCUGCUACCUGGAUACGACCUACCUCAACCCUCGCUACUCCUUCCCGCCCCAGGACGACGUGAUCCGCUCGUGCGCUGAGCUGUGCGCGGCGCUGAACCGCGGUCUACGGGAGAAGAACGACGCAGUAUGGGCAGACAUCCUACGCCGCCGCCCAGGGAACCCCAUCGGCGAGACGCUGAACCGGUUCUUCGCGAGCGGGGACAGCACGACGUCACCCAGCCGAGCGAACGGGCAAAGCACCAACGACGGCGACCCGUCCAACGCCCUGUCAACACUCAUCGACCCCCGCUCGCGCCUCCUGGUGGUCUGCGGCACGUACAGCAUCGGCAAGGAGCGCAUCUGCAAGGCCAUCGCGCAGGCGCUGCGCACAAAGAUCUUCGCGUCGCCCGCCAAGAUCCGCAUCAUCGGCCAGCUAGGCGACCCGGAGCUAGCGGCGCUCAUGACGUCCAAGCCGGCCGAGGCGCAGGUGCACAUGCAGGCACUGGCCGAGAUACGCGCCGAGACGCUCGCCGACUACCUGGCCACCCACCGCGCCCACUUUGGCCGCGUCAUCGGCUUCCGCCCCUCGGGCUGGAACUACCGGCCCGCCGGCGCCGCCGCCAACGCGGCCGCACAGCCGUCGUCGGUCGCCACGACGUCGCUGCUGCACGGCGGCGCCUGGAGGCCCGCCUACACGUCCCGGCACCUGGCGCCGCAGCGCGGGAGCACCGCCGAGGCCAUGUGCUUCGGCGUGCCCUACAGCGAGCACAGCUCCUUCCGCGAGCUCGCCCUCUUCCUCAUGAGCCUGCAGGUCGAGCGCGUCGUGCCGACCGUCAACGUCGGCAGCGAGGUCGGCCGCAAGCGGAUGAAGGCCUGGACCGACCGUUGGCUGGCGGAGCGCCGCCGGGGAGGCCUCGUGACGAUCCUGCAGGAGGACCCUGAGGAAUCUGAUGGCCAAGGGCAAGGGCGAGCGCACGAGGGUGACGAGGGCAGAGAUGCCAAGCUUGGCAAGGACAACUCGUCGCGGCUGUGGGACGGCAAGGAUGGCAGAGGGGGUGGUGUGGUCUGGUAGGCAGCAUCUGGUAGACGGCGUCUGGCAGGCAGUUUUAGGCUGCAUAUUGAAUAACAAAUGAUGCGUUUGGGCAGUGAUGCAGGGUCGUGGUCGUCAUUCAUUUUUUUUUUUUUCGUUCUCUGCUACCUUCCAAUCCCUCUACGACAGCCUCGGCUACACGCAGUAUACACAAUAACCAAAAACAUGCAAUCAUCGCCACA